AUGGGUUCCUCUUUUCGAGCAUUUUUAAAUAGUCCAGUUGGUCCCAAAACAACACACUUCUGGGGACCUGUUGCUAAUUGGGGCUUUGUGGCUGCUGGAUUGGCGGACAUGAAAAAACCUGCAGAAAUGAUCUCUGGCAACAUGACAGCAGUGAUGUGUGUGUACUCAGCAUUAUUCAUGAGAUUUGCAUGGAUGGUAAAACCAAGAAACUAUCUGCUUCUUGCUUGCCAUGCAUCCAAUGAGGCUGUACAACUAUGCCAGCUCUCCCGCUGGGCAAAAGGCAAUGGGUACCUCUCUGAGAAGAAGGGUGAAGCUUCAUCCAAGUAA